CCACUGGUAUGUACGCGCGCGCGGCGUCGUUGUGGACCUUCUCCCUCUCCAGCUCUCCCGGCCCAUGGUUUUUCGCCGCGGGAUCGCGUGCAUCUAGCUGUGUAUAUACGUCCCUGCUUCCCCUGCACGCUCCUUAUCCAUUUAGCUUCCUUGCUGCGCCGCAGUUUUGGUAUCGUCGGCGCGACGGGUUGUGGGAAAGGGCUGGUCUUUACCUCGCCGCAAGAUUGGAUUUUUGCAGGAUUUGGUUCUGAACGGAGGCGAAGCGUUCUCGGCGAUCGAUCGAGCCGAUGAAGGUGGAGGAGAGUGGCGGCGCGGUGGCGGCCAAGAGGCGAGGGGAGGAGGCUAGGCCCCGGGGCGAGGGCGGCGCGAGCGUUCGGCGGCGCACGAGGUGGCGCGUCCAGGCUGACGCGACCGCGCCGGCGCGGGCGCGGGCGAGGGCGACGCCGCUCCAGCGGCUUCUCGCGGCGUGCCGCGCCGCGUUCGGGGGACCAGGCACCGUGCCGGCGCCCGCCGACGUCGAUCUCAUCAGAGGCAUCCUCGACAAGAUCGGGCCUGAAGAUGUGAAUCUGAGAGCCAGGAGCAAGAUCGUCAAGGCCACGGAUGCCUAUAGCCUUCAGAGGAAUCCGACAAUAAUCACAAUGACUACCAUGUACAAAUGCAGAAACUUCUCGAUUGUGAUCUUCUUCCUGCCCCGAGGUGCUGUCAUCCCUCUCCACAACCACCCGGGGAUGACGGUGUUCAGCAAGCUGCUGCUCGGAUCAAUGCACGUCAAGUCAUACGACUGGGCCGACCCUCCCGUCGUCGUCGGCGGCUCGACCCCCGACGAUCGCCCAGUGAGGCUGGCGAAGCUGGUGCUGGACGCCGACCUCGUAGCGCCGCGCGACGCCCUGGUGCUGUACCCGGAGUCCGGCGGGAACAUGCACCGGUUCACGGCGGCCACGCCGUGCGCGGUACUCGACAUACUCGGCCCGCCGUACUCCGAGAACCGAGACUGCACCUACUACCAGGACUUCCCUUACUCCCACCAUGAUCCAAGCGCAGAUGAGACCGGCGACGUACAUGUCACGGAUGAGCAGAAGGCCCGUCUGGGAUGGCUGAAGGAGACGGUCAAGCCCCAGGAUUUGAAGAUGUACGAAGUGACAUACAGAGGACCUCUGAUGUUGUAGAAGAACUGGCCUGGUAGCAGAGAUGAGAUGAUGCAGCAGAUGCAGUACUCGCGUCUUCAUUAACAUUUCUGUAUUGCAGAUACUUCAGUUUGGUUGUGAGUGCAAAUGUCUGGACCAAUCGUCCAAUCGGUUGUUUUGUUGGUAAAUAAGUAGAUAAGUACGGGCACAGCUGGACUGUGCAUAUAUUCACUGUUCUUUUGCCCCUCUCA